GCCAAAAAACUUUGAUAGCUGCAAAACAAAAAACAAAAUGGCAAACAGCCAUUUAAUUACACCCGGCCAAUCAGUGCGCUGACUGUAACUAUCUCUAGAAUCGUGUAGCUGAAAUACUUUCGACUUUGCACUGGACGUUCCAAAGUGCAGGGACUUGACUACUUAGCUACAAUCGCAUGCUUUAGUUUCGUAUAUAUUUAUUUGAAAACUGCACCCUUGCUUAUCAGUUUUAUUUAGGUUUUUCCAGAUUUAGUUUCUUUCCUGUGAAGCUUUAUUCGGGCAGUUGUCGUUUUUGUUUGAUUUCUUUUUUCUAAUCUAUGUGCAUGACGACUUUUGAUUUAUUGACCAGGUCCACUUUUCCACUAUCUAUGUGUCUUUAUCAGAGAUUCGCUUUUUUAUGCGACAAUUAGCCGAAGCGAUUUCCUUGCUUUCGUUUUGCUUUAUUAAUUCGCGUAUGUUAGGACACCCAAUCAUUGCUGUGUACGAUAAGUGCACAGGUUGUCAGGCCAUAUAGACUGUGUAGGUGGUCCUGAUAAGAGAGUCGCUCAGCCCAAAAAAAUAACAAUUAUUGUGUAUCCCCCAAAUAAUCAGGAAACUCGCUUGUACAAUGCUAUUCCCCCUUAUGAGUCAUGCUGAAAAAUUUAAAAAAUAUUUACUGAUAAAAUUCCAUGGAAUAUAUACAUAUGUAGUUUAUAAAAGACUUAUCUGUCAUUCAGAAAACUAUAUAGAUAUUUCCAAAUGAGAGUUAGCUUAUAACACAUUCCCUGGAAAAUAAAUGGUUCAAUUCGAUACUAGCUGUAUUUUCUAAAAGCUGCAAGUAUGGAAUUCAAAAGCUUCUUCUCGCAACCUUUCGUUAAAGCCGAUGACGAAGGAACUGAGUUAGUUGAUCCACAAGAAGCCCUAAGAGAAAAAUGCGAAGCUAAAUAUCAUAUUCAGUCUUUGUACAAGAAGUAUCAAGAGUGCAAUGAUCGUGUAAAUGGCCGAACCAAAACAACUGAAACAUGCGUGGAGGAAUUGUAUGACUUCGUUACUGAAUUGGAUCAUUGCGUUGCUCACACUCUUUUCUCAAAGCUUAAGUAAAAACUUCAAAAUUAGCAAUUAAAUAAAGGAACUUCAGAAAUUCUUA